AUGACAAAUAUAGCAUCUCUUCCCGUCGAACUCUUGUUCAUGGUGAUCGAAGAGGCCAAGUGCCACAGAGGCCUCAAAGCUUUGCGAUGCGUCAAUAAGCUCUUGACCAGCAGUUUGGAAAUGUUGUGCGCAUUAUCUGAUUCGGGUAGCCAGCGGAGUCGACCCAUCGGCUUAUACGUCCAAUGCCUCAUCAUCCGUUGCUUUGGCCGGCUCUUUUCAGGCCCUGGCGCUUUAUUAUCGAGUAAUGGAGAUGACGAUUCGGACAUGCUUCGGAAGAUGAAACCGGACGAAAUACAACGGGAAUUCGACGAGAGGCUGCUGAAAGCGUUGGGUUCGCUCAAACAAUUGAAGUCUGUUCAGGUGUUCUCCGGUUUUGACUGUCUCUCUCCAUCUUCUGUCUGGUCUUCUCUCCUCACGCACCAAAUCUCCCUAACUAGUCUAAUCGUCUGGGCUAAAACUGAAAAGUCCCUCAUGGACUACCUCAAUUCGUAUUCCGGCAUUCAGGAGUUGAGGAUUCAUAGGGCAUGGGCAUCGUCAGAUACAACGGUCGACCGUGAACUGGCGGAGUACUUUGUGGAAACCGUGUUACCAAGACAUCAACAGACGCUUAGGGAUCUGACGAUCACUGCAGCAGAAGAGGGGCCGUGGGCGGCUGCAAGGUGGAACUCAGAACGGUACGAGGUGGGUGAAGAAUUGAGAAGUGUUGAGGUGAGCGUGAACUCGGAGGAAGUCUAUCCAGGGGUUGAUGAGGACGCUGUGACUUCAAUGCUAUCUGUCGCCCAUCGCCUCCGAAAUCUCCGAUGCGUAUCGUUCUGUACUGCUGAGAGUAAACGGUGGGGAUCUUCGUGGGGGUGGCUUUCUCAACAACACGAACCCCAUACUAUUGCGUUGAUAACUCAACGAGUGUUGAAUUUCGGUAUUCCUCAGGAUUCCCAACACGAGUCACCAAAUGUUGAAGUUGACGGACAGGUUUAUAAGCCUAAGCUUGGUGAGGAUGGAAAGUUCAGAUAUUCCCCGGACGACGUCUGA